GUUAUCAAGUCGUCGAUUGCACAAAUCAACGGUGUUUUUUUCUAAUUUGGAAACAUUCAUUAUUUCAUUAUUACACGAUGCUACAGUUUAAUAGAAUUAUUUUUCUAGCUCUCUUCAUCAUUGGAACAUCAUUGGUCCCAAAAAGUCAGCCACGUCCACAUACUGGUGGUUCAGAUGGAUCACGUGACUAUCAUCAUCAUCAUCAUCAUUUUCAUAUAAAAGAUUUGUUUCGUAAACUACAAAGAGCGAUGGAACGUUUGCAUUGUCAUGAUGAAUGUGCUCCUGUUCAAUGUACUCCCGCUUCAACUUUGACUUACCCUCCUGCUGCUGUUCCUUAUAAAGCUUCUAAUAACCCGGUUCCAUAUACUGCUUCUCAAACUACUCCAAACUUAACCAAUAUUCCUGUAUUUACUACUCCUCAAACUUCUUCAAGUAAUACCAAUUAUCUUUCUGCGUAUGCUGCUCCUCAAACUUCUACUGCUCGUUAUAAUGCUCCUGUAUUGCCUGCUCGCCAAACUAAUAAUCCUAACCCACCUAUUUCUUCUAUUUCUUAUCCUUUUACUACCCCUAGUUCUACUGGAAACAUUUCUAGUUAUGCUCCGAAUUAUACUCCUGUCAUAAGGAAUCGUAUCCCACGCUGUCAACGGAAGAACAUUUAUUAUAAACACUGUAAGGAAAGAUGGGUUCAAAAGUUUCCUCAUACAUGUGGAGAACAUGUUGUUGACCUUGUCCCAUAUGGUUUUGGUAAUCGCCGUCAUGAUGAAGUUGAAUAUGAUGAACAUUAUGACACUUUUCAACUUAAACAUUGUCAUCACCAUUGAUGAAUGGGAUUUGCCUUGUAACACAUUUAGACUUCGUCAUCAUUGUCAUCACAAGUGAGAUUAAAUCCAAAGGUGCCAUAGAAUAUCCAGUUUCUUUCAAUACAGAAUAGUCAUUAUAACCUAUUAUUAUUUAAUUAUUAUUAUACAUUUACACAAUUAACAUUAUAUUACCAUUA